AUGGCCCGGCGAGAGGGCGCCUCCCCUGCGCAUGCGCCUGCGCGCUCUGUGCCCCCUCCCUCCCCCUUUUCGGCCCAGCGCGCCGCUUUGCCUAUGGAGAAGUAUUAUUCCUUCGUGGUCAUUUUUUGUGCUGUCUUCCUGCCCAAGGCCCUUGGGUUUCCAUACAAAGAUGUUUCAAUAGAUUGUUUCUCCAUGUUGCCGAAUUGUGGAGGAGGACCACAGACAUCAACUCCACCUUAUGUCGUCUCUGUAUCAUUUGAUAGAUACGAUCCAGGAAAUGAAAUACAAGUGACUCUAGAAGGAACGUCGUCUGCUGGAUUCACAGCAUUUAUGGUACAGGCUCGGGAAAUUGAUGGCAACGUUCCCAUUGGCAUGUUUCGCAUCAGGGAUCCAAAUACGCAAGGCUACCCAUGUGCCAACAUGACGAAUUCAGCAGUAAGUCACACGAGUCCCAGCGUAAAACGCAAAGUCACAACUACUUGGGUUGCUCCUCAGGGUACGAAUAAGAUUCGCCUUAUGGCUACUUUUCUUCAAGAUUAUGAUACCUAUUGGGUUGGCGUUCAUAGCAAAACUCUCUCACCCAGAUUUUCAGAAGUCAAUGUUUCAUUGGCAGCCAAUAGCUCAGACCUAGCCAAUGAUUCUGUGGCAUCAACGGUUUCUGAUAUUACUGAUGAUUCUGAGGAGUACGAUGAUGAUUUUGAUUUCAACACCCUCCUUGGUGACACUGAGGCAGUUUAUGACAAUGAGAUACCUGUUGAUUCUGAGGCGACGCCGGACAGAACAGAAAAUGCCACAGAAAAGAGCAAGAGGAAGUCCAUUCUGACUGUGAAUGUCAACUGUGGCGAGGCUGGAGCAGUACAGUCAAGCAGUGGUGGUUGUGUCAAGAGUACACAAGGAUCAUCGCAGAGCAGUGGCAGUGAAGCCAAGGUCAUAGUGGUCAAAGAAGGAAGCAGCAGCGGAAGCGGCUGCGGUGGGGGAGGAACUGCAAGUGUGUACAACAAGUUUGGCUGCAGAGAUAAUGCAGCUGCUUCCGGCAGUCAGUCUUCAUAUGGCCAGUCGGUUUCCACCAGCAAAGUAAAGGUUGUGACUUACCCAGAGAGCAAACCUUUCCCACCUGAGCGUGAUUCUACUUAUCCAUCGAAAAUUGCUAACGCUGGUGGAAUAAUCUAUUCCCAGGGUUCCAGACCUCAAGGUGGUUCAUCGGAAACUGUUCGUAUUACCAUACAGGAGGGUGGGAAAGGUAGUCCGGCUUGUGAUAAGACUUCACCCGCCUAUAACGUCAAGAUUUGUAAUCAGAACCAGCUUUCAAACUCGCAGAGUACCAGCUCCUUCGGCACACAGGGUUUGAAACCUCAGGGUGGCUCAUCAGAAACUGUCCGUGUUACCAUCCAGGAGGGUCGGCCUUCAGGAUCACAGGGCGGUAGCUCUGUUAGCAUACAGGGCGGUCAGCCUUCAGGAUCACAGGGCGGUAGCUCUGUUGGCAUACAGGGCCAGUCUUCAAGCUCACAGGGCAGCAGCUCCUCUGGCAAACAGCAGGGUGGAUCUUAUUCAACCGGUGGCAGUCCCUGCGGCAAGGGGAUUACAUAUGACAGCAAUCCCUGCAGCCAGGGCCAAGCGUCGCCGUCGUCAUCAUCAUCAUCAUCAUCAUCUUAUUCAUCGUCUUCAUCUUCACAAAGCACCUAUGGCCAGGGUGGCUCACAAUAUCAAGGCAACCCCAACGCUUGUCCUCCGGGGAUAGAUACUUCUUCCAACAACAGAAAUAGAUGCUGAGUGCAAUAUGUGUUGAAACAGAAAACCGGUCUGGAGAGGAAGAAUAUAAUUCAAUAGUCACGAGAGCAACUGGAAUUUCUCAAAGUUCAAAUACAUUGCAAAAUUACCUGUCUGCGAGACACCUCCCUGACACCUCACGCUGCAGAACAGAAAUGUUCGUGUUUUCACAAGUCAAAACCAGG